UUACAGGGCAAUCACUUUGAUCAAUAUGAAGAAGGGCACCUGGAGAUAGAGCAAGCAUCUCUAGACAAGCCUAUAGAAUCGCCCAGUUUUUAAAGCCAGGAUAAUAUUGGACACCGCUUACUCCAGAAACAUGGCUGGAAGCUGGGCCAGGGAUUGGGAAAGUCACUGCAGGGGAGGACAGAUCCCAUCCCUAUCGUCGUCAAGUACGAUGUCAUGGGCAUGGGACGGAUGGAAAUGGAGCUCGACUACGCCGAAGAUGCCACUGAGCGGAGGCGUGUACUGGAGGUGGAGAAAGAAGACACCGAGGAGCUGAGGCAGAAAUACAAGGAUUAUGUUGAUAAAGAAAAGGCAAUUGCCAAGGCUUUGGAAGACCUCAGAGCAAACUUCUACUGUGAACUCUGUGACAAGCAGUAUCAAAAGCAUCAAGAGUUUGACAACCACAUAAACUCUUACGAUCACGCUCACAAGCAGAGGUUGAAAGAUCUCAAGCAAAGGGAAUUUGCUCGCAAUGUCUCUUCAAGAUCACGUAAAGAUGAAAGGAAGCAGGAGAAAGCCCUCCGGCGUCUACAUGAACUGGCUGAACAGAGGAGACAGCCUGAAUGCGCUCCUGGAAGCGGACCCAUGUUCAGAACCACCACGGUGGCUGUGGAUGAGGAAGCUGGAGAUGAUGAUGAUUCUGCAGCCAACAGCAGUUCUUUCAUCCAGACAACUUCUGGCCAAGCUACAGAGAUGACUAUGGACAGAGGUUUCCUAAACACUGGACAAGUCGGUGGCACUGUUACGCCAAGCCAAAUGCCCAUCCAGACAGCGCAAGCAAUCAGCUUUGGCAUUAAAAGUACUUUGGGAACUCCACUGCAGAAGAUAGGUGUGUCGUUUUCAUUUGCCAAGAAGACUCCGGUAAAGCUUGAGACCAUAGCUUCUGUUUUCAAGGACCAUGUGGAAGAAUCGAGUUCUGCAGAUGGAGCAAAAGGUGAUGAGAGAGGAUCCUCAGAUGCAGGGAGCCUGCAGAAAUCUGGCGAGGGCGAAAGCACAAAUAAUUCUGAUGGCAAGGCGGAGGAAGAUGACCAACAUGACAAAGAUAAUGGGUCUCUAGCCACUACGUUAUCUAAACUAAAAAAGAUGAGACGAGAAGAUGGACCAAUGGCCGUUGAACCAGAAUACUACCACUAUAUUCCCCCAGCCCAUUGUAAAGUAAAGCCUAAUUUUCAAUUCCUGCUUUUCAUGAAGUCUACUGAACAAAUGGAAGCUGAAAAUGUGAACAAAAAAACCACGCAUGAAGUUAAAAAGGGUAGUUCUCCAAAACCCAAACCCGGCAAGCACACAGAGAAGGCUGCUGAGAGCACGGGGCAGCAGAAGGAGCAGAGCACUACUGAAACUGUAGCUCAGCAGAGCAAAACAGAACUAAAAGAAGUCUCAGAAAAUGCGAGUAUUCAGGAGAGCAAGCAUUUUACAGAGAGCAAUCUCCCCGAGCCAGACACUACUAAAGAAGUCGCUCAGCCUGUCCCAGGCUGUAAAGAUGUCACUGAAGGACCAAAGCAUCCAACAGGACCCUUUUUUCCCGUUCUGAGUAAAGAUGAGAGCACAACUCUCCAGUGGCCUUCAGAGCUUCUCAUAUUUACCAGAGCAGAACCAUCUGUUUCAUACAGUUGUAACCCCCUGUAUUUUGAUUUCAAGCUCUCUCGCAACAAAGAUGCUAAAGGUAAAGGGGCAGAGAAAUCUAAGGAUCCAGGGGGUCUUUGUAAAGAAAACGUUCCGAGCACAGAAUCCGGUGAGCUAAGCGAACCCAAGGAGGCAGAAAGUGUAGCUAACAGUUCUGCUCUAAAAAUGGAAAACAAAUCUCUGUCCACCUGUGGCUCCCAGAACAAGCAGGAGUCCAGUUUGACAAGCAUUAGUAAGGGAGAGGGAGAGGACAGUAGUAAAAGCAUAACCAGUAAGAGUAAAUCUGGGAGAUCCCAUAAACACAAAAAGAAAAAGAAGCACAAAAAGUCCAGCAAACACAAACGUAAACACAAGGAGGAAGCUGAUGAGAAGGGCCGAAAAACUGACCCGGGGGAAGAGAAACCCAAGAAACGGAAAAGACACAGACACAGAAAAGGCAAAUCCUCUCUUUCUACUCAGUCGGAACGAGUGCUGAAAACUGAACUGUCUGAAGAUUGUAGCCAUUUCCAGAAGAAAAAGCGGUUCUCUCUGGAGUCCCAGAGGAAGUCUCUGUCUGCUGAAGAGGGAAGCAGCGGCAAAAAAGAGGAUGGUGGUAACUCCUGCCAAGAGCACGGCAGCAAAAAACACAAGGCUGACCUGCAGCAGUUAUCUGCUUUGAGGAGACGGUGUUUGGCUCCUUCCCUGGGCAGGACCAGCCGCAGGAGCCGGCAGAGCAGCGGGGACUACGACAGUGACGAGGGCUCUCACAGGAAGCACUGCCAGCAGAAAUCCCCGUCGCAGUACAGCGAUGACUAUGACUCUGGCAGCGACCACUCCAGGAGCCGCUCCCGGUCGGGGCGGAGGCACUCCUCUCACAGGUCCUAUUCGACCAGCUCUGACGCCUCCUCGGACCACAGCCGGUACAGCCGUCGGAGAAGUUACUCGGAUGAUAGCUACAGCGAUUACAGCGACCGGUCAAGGUGCCAUUCAAAGCAGUCCCACGACUCGGAGGAUGACUCUGACUACAACAGCUCGAAUCACAGAUCAAAGCGGCGCAAGUACUCCUCUUCUGAAGAUGACUACAGCUCGAGUAGGAGCAGGUCGAGGAGUCGAAGCAGGAGCCGAACCCACCCUCGAGGUAGGUCAAGAACAAGGAGCCGGGGCAGAACACGCAGUAGCAGCUGCAGCCGCAGUCGAAGCAAGAGGAGAAGCCGAAGUGUAACAGGUCGCAGCUGGAAACGGAGCCGCAGCUAUAGCAGGGAUCGCAGCCGCAGUACGAGAAGCCACUCGCAGAGGUCUCUCUCGCGAAAGGGCUCUCGAGGCCACGAGAGCCCCGAAGAGAGGAGGUCCGGGAGAAGAGACUUCAUCAGGUCCAAAAUCUAUCGCUCGCAGUCUCCUCACUAUUUCCGGACAGGCCGAAGUGAAGGAUCCUCGCUGAAGAAAGAGGACUGCAAAGGAGAGGAUCUGAAAGGAUCUGGCUCACUCUCCCAAAACAGCAGCAGCUCUGGCACGGGGAGGGCCUCGGAAGGUGACUGCAGUCCAGAGGAGAGAAACUCCGUCACUGCAAAACUUCUCCUGGAAAAGGUUCAAUCCAGGAAGGUCGAGAAGAAGCCCUGCGUCACUGACGAGAUGCUGGCAGGGGCAAGCAAAGUGGGCAUAAAGCUCAAAGAUCCUCCCCAGGGCUACUUUGGCCCGAAACUUCCUCCUUCCUUAGGCAACAAACCCGUUCUCCCCUUAAUUGGGAAACUGCCAACCGUUCGAAAACCAAACGCCAAAAGAUACGAAGAGUCUGGCUUGGAGAGGGGCGAGGAGCAAGAGCUGUCGGAUUCUGAGGAUGUUUCCCAAGGCAUCGAGGAGGCUCAGUUGGCCGGCCAGUCUCUCCUGGAAGAAGUGGUGAUGGUAAUUCAGGACAAACCUCUGGAUGAGCAGAAACGUGAUGAACCUGCCGUGGAAAUGCCGUCCAUUCCCCUGGAAGCACCGGCACUCCCUGAGUGCUUUGGUUCUGGAGAUCUGGUCAUGCCGCACAACUUCCUCUCAGAUCCGAGCGAUGGCGAUGGGCUAGAACCUAUGGACGGGGGCAACCAGCCGGUCCCAGUGGAAACCAGUAUGAUGCCCUUAGUUCCAGAUGUCGAGCACUUUCCUGGCUACGUGCCUCAGAGCGGGGAGCCGAGCAUCGAAGGGGAUCGGGAAGGAGGAGAAGAUUCCUCUCUAGCACCACUCGAGAGCCAACCGAUCACUUUUACACCCGAAGAAAUGGAGAAAUACAGUAAGCUGCAGCAAGCUGCUCAGCAGCACAUUCAGCAGCAACUUCUGGCAAAGCAGGUCAAGGCCUUUCCUGCCUCGGCGGCCCUGGCGCCGGCAGCGCCUGCCCUGCAGCCCAUCCACAUUCAGCAGCCGGCGGCGGCAUCCGCAACCUCCAUCACCACCGUGCAGCAUGCCAUCCUGCAGCACCACGCCGCCGCGGCUGCCGCCGCCAUCGGGAUUCACCCUCACCCCCAUCCUCAGCCUCUCGCUCAGGUUCAUCAUAUACCCCAGCCCCACUUGACACCUAUUUCAUUAUCCCACUUGACCCACUCGAUUAUUCCAGGGCACCCUGCUACGUUUCUAGCCAGCCACCCCAUCCACAUCAUUCCGGCGUCAGCUAUCCACCCGGGCCCCUUUACUUUUCAUCCGGUUCCUCACGCUCUUUAUCCAACCCUUCUUGCCCCGAGACCCGCUGCCGCUGCGGCCGCUACAGCGUUACAUCUUCACCCUUUGCUGCACCCCAUUUUCUCAGGACAGGACUUGCAGCAUCCACCCAGUCACGGCACAUGAAGGACAAAAUGAAGUAACCUUGGAGGAAAGAGAAUAUUUUGCAUUUUGGGAAGGGGUUGAAGUUGAUCCAGCUGGCAGGUGAGGCCUGAGAAUUUCCUUUCACUCUUUAGCAGCCAAAGAAGCCAAAGGCUCGAGGGCUGGGUAGCAGCAGGCGGCGGGUCAGUUCGUAAGCGUUGUGUAUAUCCGCUACCAGGGACUGUCUCACGUCCCCGACACCUCCGUGCACGUAGCAGCACUGUAUCCUAGAAGAAUCAUUUCACGUGUAGACCAGCGAGACACUUAGGCUUUUUUUCCCCCUGGAUUCUUACACUUGGUCAUCUUCCUUCUGCCACCUUGUAUAUGAUAAAUGAGAUUUCAUACACACUAAUAGGUCUCUAAAAAUCCUUUUAAUGAGGUCAUCUAAUUAAAAUAGUCAGCAUGAUUGAAUCCAGCUUGUAAUCAGUGACAAAACAUUCAGUAACUGACAGCUGUGGAUCCUGGCGAGGAGACUGAUGGAAGGGCAGUGCCACUCUUGUUUUGGCUGGGCCAGUACCAGUUUUCAGGCAUUACAGGAGAUUUCUUGGCACCCUAUUGCUGCACACUUGGGGUUUCUUUUCUCGGUGUGAGCAGCAAAGGUGGAAGUAAGAUCUUAUUUUAAAGCCCAAGAGAGGAGCUGCGCGUCUGCUCAGAGCUCCGACCCUUCUCCAUCCUGCAUUAGCAUUCUCCUGGGCGAGGACUGCACCUUGACGCCUUCUGGAUAUCCUGGACUGGAGAGAGGUUCUCGGUUUGGUCGGUGAUUUCAAUCUGGGCUUUGACCACUCUUCUCCUGGGGUGGGGGGGAAUAUCACUCUGACUUCCGUCUUUUGCGGUGUUGGGAAAGAGGCACUCGGAUGAGAGAGAGAAGGAAAAUCCCUUUAGGAAUUGAAGCAAUACAGAGGACUGGGGAGAGUGGCCGGGGUAUGUAAAGUGUAUUCUUUCCUCUGUAAUACUGAUGGUUUCCUUAUUAAUUUAUAGGAUUUUUUUUUUUAAUGUAAAGAAUUGCACUGAACUCUGUAAACAAAGAUGCUGCUUUUUGUAGCUCAUAUAAAAAGGUUAAAUUUGUAGUAUACUGCAAUAAUAUUUUUUACAGCCAGUUCUUUUAGUGGUACUUGUUCUGGUGGCUUUUGUGUAAAUAUGUUUGCUGUAGGUGAAAUAAGACACUUGUAAAGGUUCAACUUUAUAGUUUCAGCUAGAUGCAAAAUGACUAAGCAUGUAUAUUUUAUCAAGCUCAUGUAUUUUUGAAGUUUUUAUGUACUAUAAAAUGUAAAAAAAAAAAAUCUUCAUUUAGCAUUUUGCAGAAGAAAAAAAAAAAAGUGAGACUUGGACUAGGUGAGGUGCGUGGACGACACCGGUGACUCUAACAGCUAAUGAACGGCAUCGCAUUGGAAGGCGGCGGUGGCUGCCGGCUUUGCGGAGGGAAGCAGCCCGGGCACGCUGCGUGCUCCUCGUCUUUGCUUAAGCAGCUGCUUAUAGGAAUCGACACUGGAGGCAGUCUCAGGAGCGUCAGGAAUUUGGGUUGUCUCCCAGAGUAUAAAAUAUCCCUUUCUUUUUUUUUCUUUUUCUUUUUUUCCCCCUGGGUUUGAACCGGUGAUUUGCCGGUGCCAGCCCAGCUGUGCAGUUCAGUACAGUCUUGUGGUGAAGGAAGAGCCUUUUAACCGUAACCGUGUGCCAUCUUACACGCAGGGAGAGGUGGUUUAGGACUAAUCCCUUGAGGCUGUGCCUGCCUGUGAUGUUCCAUAAGGGAUUUCUCUGUUCUUUCUGGCAUCAUCCACUGGCUGCAGAGAACGCUACCUGUGGGAGGCUUCUCCAUCCACGAGCUCUUCCCGUGGCACUGGCACGAGUUGCUGCUGUCCCCGCUGACCUGGGUUUAUUUCAGGUUCAGGUCCUCCUCGUGUUAGAGCGGUUCCGGGGGCACCUUACGGCGCUUUGUAGGGCCUGAUUUCAGAGCAGGCAGGCAGACCUGCUCCUACCUGCCAAACCAGGCAGGAGCAGGCAGCAAGGGGCUGCGGAGCACGUGCCGGCUGCCCGGCGUCCCCUUUCCCCGUCCUCUCCCGAAGCGCAGCACCGAGAGCUGGGGCGGGGUGGGGGGGACACAGAGAUUUCAAAGAACCGAAAACUUGAGCUUCCUCACUCUUUAAACGAGAAACGUUGCGUUUGAGCAGGUCGGACUGAAAUACAACAGUCAAAAAAAGGGACUCAAUUUCUCUGUAAAUAAUUAACAGAAUACAGUAUUAAUGUCUCAAUGCUGAACUUCAUUAGCUUCUAGAUUCAACAUGCGUGUUCUGGCACCCUUCACGCUGCAGUCAGGGGUUUUUUGACUUCCAGAAUAGUGCUAAAAAUAAUUAACCUAUCAUUACUUAACAAGCAUAAACAGACUGUAUUUAACUUUGUCACAUAAGAUAUAUAUAUAAAUAUAUAUAUAUGCUGUAAAAUGAGGGGAAAAAAACCUUUCUAAUAAACCAAUG